UGACGUUGAGAUCUGGCGGCCUUAGAGACAGUUAACACAUGCAACUAUACGAGAAAUUCUUAAGGAUAACGUGAAUUCAUUUUCAAUCGACUUAGCGUUGCGUUAUGCAAGCACGAGGUCGCUAUUGAACGUGCGACCCAACGAACGAGCCAGAGGUGUGGUUUUGCGUGACUGAUAUCUUUGCACAUAUAUUAUGCUCACGAAAGCAGAAAUAUCUGCAACCAAAGCACAUUAGUUAAAUCUGUCCUGCUUUAAUUGCUGUACGAUUUCAAACGAGUAAAGCUAUGAAGCUACAUGUGUAUCUCUCUAUAUUGCUUGUCACCCUGUUCUCAUAUGCUUGGGUGGACUGUGCAAAUUUGCCUUCUUGUGCCAGCAUGAGGUCAUGGUUUCCUGGGACUCCUCCAUCAAAUUUUUCAGAAAAUUUGCCUUAUCGGUUGAGUGUCCAUGGGCACACUGGUUACUUUCCAGGAAGCUCCCAUACAAUUUAUCUUAAUGGAUCCAGGAAUUUUGUUGGAUUUAUUGUUUAUGCUGAGAAUUCUGUGAAAAAUUACACCAAUGGACGUUUUGUUAGAGAAGAUUUGCCUACUGGGGUUGAAGAAGUUAGCUGUGGAGACCUUUAUAUUAUCCAAAAUUCCACUUCAUCUGGGAACUGGACUAGUGUAAAGAUGUUAUGGAAGCCCCCCCAGAGUUAUAAGGCUGGAAACAUUACAUUCAGAGCAAGUGUCGUGGAAAACACAAAUCCUGUUGUUUACUAUGAAGGAUUUACUGCUCACCUGAAAUACCAGUGUCCGUUACCGAAAUGUGUUCAGUGCCCAACUGGUGUCUAUAAGUAUGACAGUUAUGGAUGUAAUACUUGUCAAUGUGUUUGUGACGUGGCCUGUGGUGGGAUAUAUGCUCCAGUGUGUGGAACAGAUGGUAAAACAUACAGCAACAAGUGUGAAAUGAAGCGUCAUUCUUGUGAAAAAAAAUCCCCAAUUACGGUGCAGAAGGAUGGCCCAUGUGGGCGGUGCUCUAAGGUGUGUACAGAGGAACACCGUCCAGUGUGUGGAACAGACGGAAAAACCUACAGUAACAAGUGUACCAUGGAAUCAUUGGCCUGUGAAAAAAACAAAACUAUCACUGUAUCUUACAGUGGUGAAUGUAGCGGCGUGGAAGAGACAAGUGAUUUUACAGAGAAUGAAACAAAAAAGACUAAAUGUUUAGUUAAAUGUACUUUUUCAGCUAUGAAGCUACAUGUGUAUCUCUCCUCAUCACUUGUCACCCUGUCCUUAUAUGCUUGGGUGGACUGUGCAAAUGUGCCUUCCUGUGCCCACAUGAGGUCAUGGUUUCCUAGGACUCCUCCAUCAGAUAUAUCAGAAAAUGUGCCUUAUUUGCUGAGUAUUGAUGGGCAUGCUGAGGAUGGUUACCUUCCAGGAAGCUCACACACAAUUUACCUUAAUGGCUCCAAGACUUUCUUCGGAUUUAUUGUUUACGCUGAGAACUCUGUGAAAAAUUACACCAAUGGACGUUUUGUCAAAGAGGAUCUGCCCCUUGGGGUUGAAGAAGUUAGCUGCGGAGAUCUUUAUAUUGUCCAAAAUUCCACUUCAUCUGGGAACUGGACCAGUGUGAAGAUGUUAUGGAAGGCACCUCGCAUGGGUCAUGUGGCUGGAAACAUUACAUUUAGAGCAAGUGUCUUGGAAAAUAGAAAUCCUCUUGUUUACUAUGAAGGAUUUACUGCACACCUGAAAUACCAGUGUCCACUGAGGAAGUGCGAGCAAUGUGUUACUGAUCGCUAUAAAACUGAUAGUUAUGGAUGCCACACCUGCCAGUGUGAUUGUGAUAUCAGCUGUGCAGCUGUUAAUGCCCCAGUGUGUGGAACAGAUGGUAUAACCUAUGACAAUAAGUGUAAGAUGAAUCGUCAGUCUUGUGUAAAAGAAUCCUCCAUCACAGUGCAAUACGAAGGCAAAUGCGGUUCAGCUGCUAGAGACGAGUGCAACAAGCACUGUUCUAAGGACUAUCGACCUGUGUGUGGAACAAAUGGUAAAUCAUAUAACAAUGAGUGCCACAUUAGAGGGUCGGCCUGCACAGAUGGAAUAAAUGUCACAGUGGCUUACAGAGGCGAAUGUAAUGCUAUGAAGCUACAUGUGUAUCUCUCAAUAUUGCUGGUCACCUCACCUCACCUGUUCUCAUAUGCUUGGGUGGACUGUGCAAAUGUGCCUCCUUGUGCCAGCAUGAGGUCAUGGUUUCCUGGGACUCCUCCAUCAAAUUUUUCAGAAAAUUUGCCUUAUCAGCUGAGUGUCCAUGGGCAUACUAAAUAUGGUUACUCUCCAGAAAGCUCUCACACAAUUUAUCUUAAUGGCUCCAGGAGUUUUGUUGGAUUUAUUGUUUAUGCUGAGAACUCUGUGAAAAAUUACAGCAAUGGACAUUUUGUUCAAGAGGAUUUGCCCACUGGGGUUGAAGAAGCUAGCUGUGGAGAUCUUUAUAUUAUCCAAAAUUCCACUUCAUCUGGAAACUGGACCAGUGUGAAGAUGUUAUGGAAGGCCCCCCAGAGUUAUAAGGCUGGAAACAUUAAAUUCAGAGCAAGUGUCUUGGAAAACACAAAUCCUGUUGUUUACUAUGAAGGAUUUACUGCUCACCUGAAAUACCAGUGCCCAUCAGUAAAAUGUGUUGUAUGCCCAAUUGGUGGCUAUGAACCUGACAGUUAUGGAUGUAAUACUUGCCAAUGUUCUUGUAACGUGGCCUGUGCUGAGACAUAUGCUCCAGUAUGUGGAACGGAUGGUAAAACAUACAGCAACAAGUGUAAAAUGCAGCGUCAUUCUUGUGAAAAAGAAUCCACAAUUAUGGUGCAGCAGAUUGGUGUAUGUGGCGCGGAAGAGACCGUGAAAUCCUCAAUUUUCUCUCUGAUGUUGGCUUUCCUGGCACUGUUGAUGUUUUCAGACCAUUAGACAAAAAGUUGUGUUACUCUGAAGUGACUUUGAGGAAAAUGUCGGGCUUGGGAAUAA